AUGGCUGCUGUCUCCCCAUCCGGGUCGGACGCGGACCCAGCCAAACUCAGCGUCCUGAAGGACGCCCUGUACGAAUCAUGUCAGCUCAACGGCGACGAGACCCGGCUCUUCAGCCAAGAAGACCUCCUCUCCCUAGGCGUGACCGACGAUGCAAACACGCUCCUCCGAGUCCUCCAGGCGCUCAUCAAUGACCGCCUCCUCAUCUCGGUGGCGCGCCAGGGCGGCGGCUACCUGUGGAAGUGGAGGCCGGCCGCCGACGCCGCAAAAUACCGGGCACUCAAUAGGGAACAGUCCAUGGUGUACGAAAUGAUCGACGAUGCGGGCGCCGACGGGAUCUGGUCGCGCACCCUCAAGGCGAGGCUCCAGAUGCACGACUCCGUGCUUAAGGCACACCUCAAGUUCCUCGAGUCCAAGGGCUAUAUCAAGGACAUGAAGAGCGUGGAACACCCCAACAAGAAAAUGUACAUAAAGUCCAGCCUGCGGCCGUCGGAGAAGGCCACUGGAGGCCCAUGGUACACGGACAGCAACCUGGACGAGGCCUUCAUCUCAGAACUUCUCAAGGUGAUCUUCGAUUUCAUCACUAGGCAGAGCACAUACCGGAGCGUCCACAGCGUGCACAAGGAGAAACAACCAAAAAAGGGCGUGCUGAAAGGCGACAAGGAGGCUGCCGCAGCAAAGGGCAAGAAGAGGGCGGCAGAGGACAUCUCAGGCGAGGACCCAGCGCCCGCCCCGCGCGAGAAGCACCGGCACCGCGAGCCGAAGCGCACGCAGCUGCUGCCCCUGCCAGCGGGCUACAACGCGUACCCGACGGUGCGCCAGAUCGCGGAGCUCAUCUCGGCCAGUGGCAUCACCAACGACACGACGCUGGGCAUCGCGGACGUGCAGCAGCUGGUGGACGUGCUCGUGGCCGACGGGCUGGUCGAGCCGGUGCGCGUCGGCAAGGUGAGGGGCUUCCGGACUGUCCGCGCCGCGAAGGUGGACCCCACGCCGCUGACGGCCCUGAUGCGCGACCACAACAUGGACGAGGACGUCCUCGACCUGCAGGCGCAGGACAUGGGCGCGGGCCCCAUGAGCAAUGGGCUCGCCGAGGCGCCGUGCGGCAGGUGCCCCGUGUUCGACCUGUGCGAGGAGGGCGGGCCUGUGAACCCGGGGAACUGCGUCUACUUCCAGAGGUGGCUGGGCGACUGA